UCAACAACUUUAAAAUAUUUUUGUAAAUUUAUUUUUUAGUUUUAGGUAGACACAACAUCUUUAUUUUAUUUUUAUGUGGUGCUGAGAAUCGAACCCAGUGCCUCACCCAUGCUAGGCGAGCAUGAUACCACUUGAGCCACAUCCUCAGCCCACAACUUUAAAAUAUUAAAAAAAUAAAAAUAAAAAAAUAAAGGACUGGGGGAGUAGCUUAGGUACAGUGCCCCAAGAUUCAAUCCCUGGGACCAAAAAACAAAAGCAAAACAAAAAGAUGUGAAAGACUAAUACCUCCUCACUCCAGUCUGGUUUUUCUUCCACUGAAAUGCAGAAUUCUUUGUAGGGGAUGGUCCACCAGCUGGCUGACUUGGGGUUUCUAUUGAAAACUCUUUAAGCGGUAGGGGGAACUCCUACUGCCUUACACUAUGUUAAUUACUGAAGGAUUUACAGAUUUAUCCAGUAAUAACUCCUACCAUUCUCCCUCAAAAUAAUCUUUUCAUGAUUCUGCUGUCAAUGUUAUGACAGUUUUCAGCAUUAAGGGAUGUGUUUUGUGCUUCUCCCCAUUGAGUUUUACUUAUUUUACAACUUAUCCAUUUUUUUUUAGCCCAUGUAUUUUUACAUCUCAUUUUUGAAGCCAUUAAACCUUGAAAUAGAAUGGUUCCCAGCAAAAUUCCCCUUGGGAUUCUGCAUAGUCUUUUCCUUGAGGUUGAUCCCAAAUCUAUAAGCCAAGAAGAGUCUGCUGUUCUCAAACUAAAAUAAGAAAAGGCCACAAUUUUCUAAUUUGCUGAGUAAAAUGUAGUUGGAGAGAACUGAAAGCUUUUCAGAAAUUGAAUUAUACUUGCAAUCUCUCUCCUUUAUCUUUUUCCAUUAUGAACACUAGGUUCCUUAAAAAGUUAAGCUAUCAAAAAGAUUGAGGGUUUUGUAGAUGUAUCUGGGAGGUCCAGACCUCUCUUAGUGAUGGGAAAGUUGGCUAUGUGAAGGAUUAUGUGAAAACAUAAUAAGAAAAGAAAUCCCCAGGCUCAGUAGCACAUACCUGUAAUCCCAGCAACUCAGGAGGCUGAGGCAGGAGGAUUGCAAGAUCGAAGCCAGAGACCCUGUCUCAAAAUGAAAUAAAAAGAGCUGGGUAUGGUGGCCCACACCUGUAAUCCCAGUGAUUUUUGAGGCUGAGGCAAGAGGAUCAUAAGUUCAAAGCCAGCAUCAGCAACAGUGAGGUGCUAAGCAACUCAGUGAGACCCUAUCUCUAAAUAAAAUAUAAAAUAGGGCUGGGGAUAUGGCUCAGUGGUUAAGUGUUCCCCCUGAGUUCAACCCCCAGUACCGCCCCCCCCCACCCCCGCAAAAAAAAGGUCUGUGGAUGUAGCUCAUUGGUAUAGCAUCCCUGGGUUCCAUUGCCAGUACAAAAAAAGGAAGAAAGAAAGAAAGAGAAAGAAAGAAAGGCAACUCUUCUGUCAUUGACAGAAUUUACCUCAAGACUGUUCUAGUCAAGGGGCUUUUUGUUUGGUUUGGGUAUACAGUGUCCAUCUUUUGGUUUUCAGACAAUAGUGAGAAUAUCUAGGGAGCUAUUGAUGCAUAUUGAGGUUUCUUGCUUUAGGAACUGAUGACCCUCAAUGAUGUGGCUGGGGACUUCAGGGAAGAGUGGGUUACCUGGACACUGCUUAAAGAAUUCUCUUCAGGGAUGCCACCCAGCACAGUUAGAAGAAUGGGCUCUCAAAGGGAUUUCUAGACCAAGUGUAAUCUCCCAGCUGGAGCAGAAAGAAGCACCAUGGGUUCUACCACUACAAAACUUUGAAACAAUGACAAUCCUAAGGAAAAGUCACACAGACUUUGACCAUCAGGUGGCAAAACUCAGUCAGGACAUUUCUGAAACAACAGAACAAUGUGGAACAUCCUCAGAAAGGACCAAUAAAAAUAUUUCUCAUGUUCCUAAUUGGGGAGGAAACUGGGACAGGGCCCUUGAAGUAGGAGAGCAACAUAGAAUGCUUCCAGGAGAGGGCCAGCAGGAGCCCUUUGCACAGGCCAGGGAUUUAAACAAGUUCCUGCGUGGAUAUGUAGGAAAGAAGCCUAUGUGUGCAGAAUGUGGGAAAAGCUUUAACCAGAGUUCUUAUCUCAUAAGACACCUAAGAACCCAUACUGGUGAGAGACCUUAUAAAUGCAUCGAGUGUGGGAAAGGCUUCAAACAGAGCUCAGACCUCGUCACUCAUCGCAGAACACACACAGGAGAGAAGCCCUACCAAUGCAGCAAGUGUGAGAAAAAAUUCAGCGACAGCUCAACUCUCAUCAAACAUCAGAGAACCCACACAGGGGAGAGACCUUAUGGGUGCCCAGAGUGUGGGAAGACUUUUGGACGGAAGCCACACCUCACAAUGCACCAAAGAACCCACACAGGAGAAAAGCCCUACACGUGCCUCGAAUGUCAUAAAAGCUUCAGUCGAAGCUCAAAUUUCAUCACCCACCAGAGGAUUCACACAGGCGUGAAGCCUUACAGGUGUAACGACUGUGGGGACAGUUUUAGCCAGAGCUCAGAUUUGAUUAAGCACCAACGAACCCACACAGGAGAACGGCCUUUUAAAUGCCCAGAGUGUAGGAAGGGCUUCAGAGACAGUUCUCAUUUUGUAGCACACAUGAGUACUCACUCAGGAGAAAGGCCUUUCAGUUGUCCUGAGUGCCACAAAAGUUUCAGUCAGAGUUCCCAUCUGGUUACACACCAGAGGACACAUACCGGUGAGAGACCUUUUAAGUGCAAAGACUGUGGGAAGGGAUUUGCUGAUAGCUCUGCCCUCAUUAAGCACCAACGAAUCCACACAGGAGAAAGACCCUACAAAUGUGGCGAGUGUGGAAAGAGCUUCAAUCAGAGCUCCCAUUUCACUACCCACCAACGCAUUCACAUAGGAGACAGACCCUACCCCUGUCCCGAAUGUGGCAAGACCUUCAACCAGCGUUCCCAUUUUCUCACGCACCAGAGAACACAUACAGGAGAAAAACCAUUUCACUGUAGUAAAUGUGAUAAGAGCUUCCGGCAGAAAGCUCAUCUCUUAUGCCAUCAAAACACCCAUUUGAUUUAGGAAAUGGUCUUUAGUGGUUCUGCUAUUACUUUUCAAAUUUCCAUUGCUACUGUCUUCAGAUACCCCAAAUAGAGAAAACCUGGGCAUUGGUGACUCAAGUCAGACCCUAAUCUGUUCUCUUUCUUUUCUGUGUUACAAUGAAGAGGAUGAACUUAUAGGGUCCAAAUAAUGUUCUGAACACAAAAGACAUUACUUCAGUGUAUGUAACUCACCCUUAGGGAAAUAUGUGUUUAAAUGAUUAAUGUCUGGUUACUAGAGGUGAAAGGAAUGUGGCCUAGAGAUCUCAUGUAAACCAUCUGGUACAGUGCCUGGCACAAAGUAGGUGCUCGAUGAUUAAUAUUUGAGGUCUUGGGCUGUGGGUAUAGUCUGUCUAUGAGGCCUCUGAAUUUGAUCCCCAGCACUGCUAAAAAAACAAAAACAAAAACAAAAAAAAUAUUUUUUGAGUUCUUAUAUAAAGUCCUUAAAAGCAGUGUCUGGGCCUUAAAAGAUAUUCAAUAUAAUAUAAUAUAAUAUAAUAUAUAUAAUACAGUCUAUAACUCAAUAAGAAAUUUAUAAUUCAAGCCACUCUAGUUCAGAACUUACAAGGUCUGGGGUCUGAACACCUAAAUUUAAUAAAAUGGAAACUCUCUCUUACUAGUGCUAUACAGGCUUUAGUCACCAGAUGUCUCAUCACCAUGACAAGGCAGAAUUACCAUAGAGGAUGUUUGUGGUUUUGUGACUUAGAGGCUAAAAGAAUCUCAGAUCUCUUUGUAGGACAGUGUGUGAGGUUUUUCCACUAUAGGUUUGCUGUCAUUUGAGGCAUAGAAAAUGAUGAACAAGCCAGAAGGACCUGGAGGAAGACUGUAAAACUGUGGAAGCAAAAUUGCUGAAAAUGUCAAAUGAUAUUACAGGAAUCCUUCCUGGCAUUUAGCUAAAGGAAGCAAUCUUGUUUUCUAAUUUGCUGGGUCAUUGUGUCCCUUUACUUUUAAGUUAAUGCAACUCUCUGACCCUUGUAGGGCCAUUCAUUUUAUGCACUAGAACAUUCCUAUAUUUAAUUGAAAUAAAUCAAGGGAAGUCAGGUUAUUGGAAAGAACACUGACUUCAUUGAGAAGGUAAAGUGUUUGAGUCCUAGCCCUGGCCCUUAAAUUUGCUAGACUUUUAUCUCCUCUCAAGCCUGAGUGAUACUUAACUUACCUUCCGCCCAAGGUUUUAUUUAUCUGAAAUACAUGCGGGUUCGUGCACACACACACACACACAUUUUGUUGUUGAAUUAUAAAUGUAAUGUCUCUAGAGUUUCUUGUUAAACUACUAUUACUAAUGUCUUUUUUUUUUUCCCAGGAAAUUCUGGCUAUGUCUCUAGGUGUCCCUCAGUCUUAUAAUGAGGAACUUUUUUUUUUAAUCUAUUGGAAAACUAAGGUGCAAAAAUGGUAAAUGACAUGACUCAUUAGUUCACAUGGUUAUAAAAGAGCCAGAUCUGGUUCCUGGUGACUAGGUUUCCAAUCUGCGGUUCUUUCUCUUCAACAACAUGGACCAGACCAGGUCUAGGAUUUGUUAGUGCCUCUGGGACACAGAACUGGAGGAAUCAUAUUCCAUCCAUUAAGCACUGUGGAUUUAGAAAUGACUGAGGGAUGUAGUCCAAUUCUGAGGGAGCUUUACAGGAUCCUAGGCUGGGGUCUUUGAUUCUGAUGGAAUAAGAAUGGAGGGCUAAGGGUGCAAUGAGCUAAGGAGGGAACUGAGUGCUCAUCGCUUUUUUUUUUUUUUGGUGGUGUGGGGCCCUUUGUUUUGAUAAUGGGGAUUGAGUCCUUGGUUGCUCUACCACUGAGUACUUCUUAUUUUUUAUUUUGAGACAGGGUCUUGCUACAUUGCUGAGGCUGGCCUUAAAUUUGCAAUCCUCCUGCCUCUAAAUCACUGGGAUUAUAGGUGUGUGCCACCACACCCUCCUUCUUUUCUCUCUUCUUAUGAUGUUAGUAGCCAUUGGUAAUCCCUUAUUUUAUUUGGGGUUGCCAAAUGGUAACAUUUUAUUCCAAUCAUUUCUUCUUCAUUUAUUAGCUGGAAUAUUUCUAUAAAGACCACUCUCCUUUAUCUACUAUGUGGUUCCUUUGAAAUAUAGUUUGCAUAGGAAUAGCACAAUAAUUGCCUGAUUAACCAGGCACAGUGACUUGGGAGGCUGAGGCAGAAGGAUUGAAAAUUCAAGGUCAGCCUUAGUGACUUAGUGAGGUGAUCAGUAACUUAGUGAGAUCCUAUCUCAAAAUAAAAAAAAAAAAGCGGGGACUAGGGGCUUAGCACAGUGGUAAAGGGCCACUUCAAUCCCCAGUUUAAAAAUAAAAAAGUAGCUGCCUGAUUAGAACUCUCUGACUUUUUUAAUAUUGCCAUCUAAAUUUUGGCCUCCAUGACCCACAUCUCUAAGCCCCUUUCCAUUGACAGACCCUGUCUGAUGGGAAAUUUCUAAAUGCAUAAAUCUCAUAAUAAUUUUCCUCCCGUACUUCCUUCUAGUUUGUCUAGGUCCCUCAUAAAACAUUGUGCUAAAGAGUGAUUUCUUAGGGAUGGAAUCUCUAGCUUGCCAAUUAAUAUUUCUUAAUACUUUCCUGGCCAGAAUCAGGAGAGAAAAACUACAUCCCUAUUACUUAGGAAUGAUUUUACAUCCCAUUUUUUUGUAAAUUGAGAAUAUGCCAUCUUCAUUUAUUUUGCCUAUCCAAGUGUUGUUCUAAAUCAAAUGCCAUCGGUAUGUAUAAAAGAACAACAUUUGUAAAAAUCAAAUGAGAAGGUAAAAGAGGAGCCCAGCAAGCAGAGGUAAGGGGUGAUUUACAUGAGAUUCAGGGGCUUCAUCUCUCCAGAAAUGGAAAUGUUUUGGCCAGAGGCUAGAAUGAGAAAGCACAGAAUUGAAUGUCCCUCAGAAGAGCCAUUUUGAGAAUUUGCAGUGGAUUGAUAUAAGAUGUCCUGGAAGGAUGUCCCACAAGAGGGAGCCUGUUAGAGGAAUUUAAGAGAAACAAGACAUUACCACAAAGACUCAUAACCACAAACCCAGUUAGGAACCUGAUUUGUGCAUUUUUUUUUUUUUUAUGUGAGUGACCCUAGAUUUUUGGCAGGAUCUGGGAGCAUCACAGAACCAGGGAUCAGAAGAUCCAACUUCUAGCUAGAUAUAAUGGCCUGUAAACCCUGUGACUCAGAAGGCCAGCCUCAGUGACUUAGGGAGACCUUGUCUCAAAAUAAAAAAUAAAAGGGUUGGGGAUAUAGCUCAGUGGUAGAGCACCCUUGGGUCCAAUCCAGCUUCUAGUUUUGGUGCAGUUAUUUACUAGCCAAUUCUUUUCAGGUCAGUUAAUCACUCUAGGCUUUAGUGUAUUUGUUAUACCAGAUAUCUGAUAUCUUCUGGCUCUUAAACUUUACAAAUUAGAUCCUACUGGUGUCACAUGUUGGGAGCAGGCUCUUCCAUGUGUGAAUUUUCAUGUUUAGAGAGGACAGAAGUAGGUAGGCUGAAUCUCUGGUUCCUCUCCUGCUCCUUGGCUUGCCCCCAUAUUCUCAGAGGAAAGGUAAAAAUUUAUUUCUGCCAGUAGAGUUGGCAUAUUCCUUCCCAACUAAACGCCACUUCAACCUAGCCUUUAGCCUCUCCUAUUCCUACUUCGUAACAGUAUUUUGCAGACAGAGCUUAAUGGGUUGUCACAUAUAUUGAGUCUUAUUCCUAAGAGUUUGUUUUUUGUAUUGCACAUCUACUGAUGCACUUAUGCUGUGAGAUGUGAGCUCUUGAGUGGUAAUGUGUGACUUACUUAUGAACCUGCCACCCACCUUCCUCUGUCCUCUCUGUGCCACUCCCAAUACAGAGAUUUUUUUUUUUUUUUUGGCAGUGCUAGGAAUUGAAUCCAGCACCUUUCACAUACUAUGCAAGAGUUCUACUACUGAGCUCUAUCUCCAACCCAAGCAGGAGUUAUUAUUACUACUACUACUAUUAUUAUUUUAUUUAUUUAUUAUACCAGGUAUUGAACUCAGGGAUGCUCACCACUGAGCCACAUCCCCCUCCCUGUUUUUAUUUUCUAUUUUGAGACAGGGUCACCCUAAGUUGCUUAGGGCCUCUCCAAGUUGCUUUGAACUUGUGAUCUUCCUGCCUCAGGCUCCUGAGCUUCUGAGUGCACCACCAUGCUCAACUUCAAACAGGAACUAUUAAAUGCUAUUGGUGGGAGUGGAGGUUACUGUCUUUCAAUAUUUUUCCUAGUUCCUAUCCUUAUGACUGGACAAUCAGCUUCUUGCAUAUGUUCCCUGUGUCCUCUCUACAAAUUCUAAGUCACUGCAUA